CCGGCCCCUGCGGGCGGCCCCUCCGGCGCUCGCGGGCCCCGCACGCAGCCCGCCCGGGAGGCGGGAGGCGGCGGCUUCGGGCAGAUUUGAUUUUCCCGCAGCCCGGGCGCCCCGGAGCCGGAGCUCGAGCCGAGGAGGUGGCGCUCGCAGCCUCGUCCCGGCCCCGCCGCCCACGCCCCUCUCUCGGUCUCCCGAGCCCUCGUCCCUCGCCCCUGGCCCCGCGCCCCUGGCCACCACUCCGCGCGGCGCCCCAGACCCCGGGCUGCCGGCCGCGUCGCCCGCGCCCCUUCCCCAGCCUCGGCCCCGCCGCUCCACCCCCGCCCUCUCUCACUUCCCACGCCCCCUCUCGGCGUUCCUCUCUGCCCGUGGCUGUUCAGCCCAGCUCCCGAGUUGGGGGUGAGCCCGGGCUGCGGGCGCUCCGGAGGAGGCGUGAAUCGCGCAGGAAUUGACUAAUUUGGGGUGGGGGGCGCGGUAGGCGAUGGAGCCGCCCGAGGACAUGGCGUCGCUGAGCGAGUUCGACUCCUUGGCGGGCAGCAUCCCGGCCACCAAGGUGGAGAUCACCGUGUCCUGCAGGAGCCUCUUGGACAAAGACAUGUUUUCCAAGUCUGACCCACUGUGCGUCAUGUAUACUCAAGGGAUGGAAAACAAGCAGUGGCGGGAGUUUGGCCGCACCGAAGUCAUCGACAACACGCUCAACCCUGACUUUGUACGCAAGUUCGUCGUGGAUUACUUCUUCGAGGAGAAGCAGAACCUCCGCUUCGAUCUAUACGACGUUGACUCCAAGAGCCCCGACUUAUCCAAACACGAUUUCCUGGGCCAGGCCUUCUGCACCCUCGGAGAGAUUGUGGGGUCCCCGGGGAGCCGCCUGGAGAAGCCCCUCACGAUAGGCGCAUUCAGCCUGAACGCCAGGACGGGCAAGCCCAUGCCAGCCGUGUCCAACGGAAGUGGUCUAUGGAUGGAAAGUUUGAGAACCCCUGGUCCCGAAGCCUCCGGUGGUGUCCCAGGGAAGAAAUGUGGCACCAUCAUCCUGUCUGCCGAGGAGCUCAGCAACUGUAGGGAUGUGGCCACCAUGCAGUUCUGUGCCAACAAGCUGGACAAGAAAGACUUCUUCGGGAAAUCCGACCCCUUCCUGGUCUUCUACCGAAGCAACGAAGACGGAACGUUCACCAUCUGCCACAAGACGGAGGUCAUGAAGAACACCCUGAACCCGGUGUGGCAGACCUUCUCCAUCCCCGUGAGAGCCCUCUGCAAUGGCGACUACGACCGGACCAUCAAGGUGGAGGUGUAUGACUGGGACCGCGAUGGCAGCCACGACUUCAUCGGGGAGUUCACCACCAGCUACCGGGAGCUGGCCCGCGGGCAGAGCCAGUUCAACAUCUACGAGGUGGUGAAUCCAAAAAAGAAAAUGAAGAAAAAGAAAUACGUGAACUCUGGCACCGUCACCCUGCUUUCCUUUGCCGUGGAGUCCGAGUGCACCUUCCUGGACUACAUCAAAGGAGGGACCCAGAUCAACUUCACCGUGGCCAUCGACUUCACUGCUUCCAAUGGAAACCCCUCGCAGUCCACGUCCCUGCACUACAUGAGCCCCUACCAGCUGAACGCCUACGCGCUGGCGCUGACGGCCGUCGGGGAGAUCAUCCAGCACUACGACAGCGACAAGAUGUUCCCCGCCCUGGGCUUCGGGGCCAAACUGCCCCCCGAUGGCAGGGUGUCCCACGAGUUCCCGCUGAAUGGCAACCAAGAGAACCCCUCGUGCUGUGGCAUCGACGGCAUCCUGGAGGCCUAUCACCGCAGCCUGCGCACCGUGCAGCUGUACGGCCCCACCAACUUCGCUCCCGUUGUCACCCACGUGGCCAGGAACGCGGCGGCUGUGCGGGACGGCUCCCAGUAUUCCGUGCUGCUCAUCAUCACCGACGGCGUCAUCUCAGACAUGGCGCAGACCAAGGAGGCCAUCGUGAACGCUGCCAAGCUGCCCAUGUCCAUCAUCAUUGUCGGCGUGGGUCAGGCAGAGUUUGACGCCAUGGUGGAGCUGGACGGUGACGACGUGCGGAUCUCCUCCCGCGGGAAGCUGGCGGAGCGAGACAUUGUCCAGUUCGUGCCCUUCCGGGACUACGUGGACCGCACAGGCAACCACGUGCUGAGCAUGGCCCGCCUGGCCCGCGACGUGCUGGCCGAGAUCCCUGACCAGCUGGUGUCCUACAUGAAGGCCCAGGGCAUCCGCCCUCAGCCCCCGCCCGCCGCCCCCGAGCACUCGGCCCCGCAGUCCCCGGCCCGCACGCCCCCUGCCUCCCCGAUGCACACGCACAUCUGAGCCUGGCGGUGCAGGCGGGGGCUGGGGCCUGGGGGAGGCUCCCAGAACCCCCACAUUCACCCCACACAGCCUUUUGGAUAUCUGCGUGUCUGGGAGACUCCUGCCCGAUCUCCAGGCCUCACAUCCGACCCACCCCAGGAGUGAGGGAGGGGACGGGUGACAGAGAGGCAUGCAGGGUUUGGGGCCUGGGGGUCUGGGGCUCAGCCUUUCUCUGCUCCCCGGCACUCGGCCAGGGAACCGCUAAUGAUCGGAGGCAGUAGGUGUCUGCAGCCAGCCGUGGGCAGCCCCAGCCUGGCUCGGGGCUCAGGGCUCGGCUCCUCCCCAAGCCGGGUUCUCCUGCCCAUGCUGUCUUCCCAUGCCCCCACCCCACCCUCACCCCAGGAUUGUUCCUGUGCCCUGUUUCCAAGGAGCCCCCGCAGCUGGGGAACCUGUUCACGUGACCCUGCGGGGCCUCCAGAGGGGGGCAGCCAUGGUGCAGGGGGGGCCCUCUCCAGCACACACAUCCACAGUCUCCCUGGCAUGGACUUGGCCACAACUCACUGCUGCCUCCCCACAUCCCCUGUGCCCUGCACAGGCUGCCCAGGGCCCCAGGGGCCCCCUCCCUGGAGGCGUGGGCAGCAGCGGCCCUGCCCAGGGCUCCCCGUGCCGCUCCUGCUCCUUGCCCUGGGCCCCAGCCCUGCCCUUACUUCCUGCCUGUUGUGGGAAACCAAGCCCAGCCAAUUUCCACACCUGUCCAGUGAGCGGGUUGACCAGAUGUCCUAGAUGUCAUUUAGCUCUGUUAUCCUGAAGGUUCACCCACCCUCUGCCCAGUGUCCCCAUCCCACUCCUCAUCGAUGGGACCCUUACUCCCGGCCGUCUUGGCUCUGGGGUCACCGUGUCCCAUCCCAUCACUGCUCGCGCGCCCCAUUCCUUCCGCCUUGGGCUCCUGUCCCGCUGAGGGAGAGGUGGAGGAGGGGCUCUCCCCUGGGCCCGCCCGGCCUUGAGGCCCUGGGGAGUAGCCCGGCAUGCCGCACCCUCCUUGCCGCUUGGGCUCCCGGCCCGCCCGUCUCCCCAGGCCGCGCCCUGUCUGCUGCCCGGCCGCCUCUGUGCCCUGUCGUGCAUGAUGGUGGAGUGUGUGCGCCGUGGGUCCCGUGCCGUCUCCGAGACAGUCUCUGUGUGGAACUUGCCUUAAACUCAAGUAAAUCUGGUUCUUUUAGUCCA